UGCUACAUAGAUAUCCACCCACUUCAAUAUGCAUUUGUUCUAUUGGUAGUUAAAAAAUUCAAACAAAAACAGACGUCGCUCAACAAUCUUGAUUUUUUCAAGUAAUUAUCGAAUUGCCUAGUAAGUUUCGUUACGAAUAGAAACUGAUAACGAAAGAAUCUUCCUUCUAAAAACCCCAUCUAAACUCAUCCCCUCUUUUUUCUAAAAACCUUCUGGUGGGGAUCCGGGUUAGAAUAGGUCCUCAGUACCCCCUUGCUUGUCGUAAGAGGCGAUUAAAUGGGGCAGCCCUUCGGAUGAGACCGUAAAACCGAGGUCCCGUGUCGCAGCAGGUGCGGUACGAUAAAAAUCCCUCCCUGCUUAAUGGUCAUAAGCGCCGAGCAUAGGCCUAAAUUUUGCAGCCCUUCACCGGCAGUGGUGACGUCUCCAUAUGAGUGAAAUAUUCUCGAGAGGGACGUAAAACAACCCUUUUUGUUUCCAUAUAAAUCAUAACAGAAAAUAAACUAAGGUACGAAAGCUGGUCAUUUAUUUCAAAUGAAAGCUAGAACGUAGAAACAAUUGGUUUGGGAGAUCUGGAAAGUUUGUAGACAUAUGAACCGUUUCUUGACCCGAAAUGCAAGAUAUUAAAGCAUACAAUGUAGUUCAGUCUAUACAUGAACAUCAUCGGUCUUCUAGCUCCAAUAUUGUUACAAAACACAAAUGCCAUCAAAUACGAUAUCAAUCUUUGUAGGAAACAAAAGUAGUGCUCAAAGCGUUUGAUUCUGGACAAAAGCAUGUCUGUCUUGAGUGAACAAUUAUUCCAGUGAUAUUGAAUUGUCCAUGCAUCAUUGUAUUCUCUCUUCAGAGCUUUAAAAUCUACCUAAUAUACUUAAAUUUAAAAACAAAAUUUCCUAGUCAAUGACAGUAACAGGUGGGCUCUGUAAUAAAUUUGAAUUGCAGAUACACCAUGAUGCAUGUAAAGUUUCACUUACACAUACUAAAUAGAAAAUAAAUGAUAAUGUUUCUUGUGACUUGAUCAAUCCGACGUAUGGCUAACGGCGUGCCUUGUACAGGAAACUGAAAUGACAACCGUUUAACAAAGCUCGAGGUAUACGAUUUACCCACGACUUAACCAUGUAGGACAUUGUGGGGAAAGAUUCGAGUCAUGUUCGUGUACUAAAGACAAUGCUAUAUAUGAAUGCAACAGAUUUUUAAAAAACUUCGAUUAAUGUGUGAGCAAUAAAAUAUAUAUAAUGGAACUUCGGGAGAAAUCUCACGAGAGUUUUGAAUCGUCCGAAAAUAACCCGGAGACCACAAAGAGAGGACAAUGGGGAGCCAAGCUAGAUUUCUACUUCUCAAUGAUCGGCUAUAGCGUAGGACUGGGGAAUAUAUGGAGAUUUCCCUAUCUCUGCAUGAGAAAUGGAGGAGGGGCAUUUCUUAUUCCGUUUGUAUUUUUUCUCAUCGCGUGUGGAUUUCCAUUAUAUUUCAUGGAAGUUGCCGUUGGACAAUUCACAGGCAAAGGGUGUUUCCAUGUCUGGGAGGCGUGCCCUCUAUUCAAAGGGAUUGGUGUUGGGAUGUUUAAUCAGCUGUUCCUGAUAACUAUUUACUACAUACUAAUAAACGCUUGGACGAUGUUCUAUAUGACCAGCUCUUUCCUAUCCCCCCUGCCCUGGACUAGCUGUGAUAACGAAUGGAAUACCCCGAGAUGCAUCCGUGAAGACAAAGGAGGACCGAGUUAUAACAAUGAAACUACGUAUAACAUGUCCAUUUCUAUCUCCACCACUAACGUAAAUGAGUCGUACGAUUUGCAAGAAAAAAACGGGAGUUUAACCUCAUGGGAAAAUCAGACAAGUGAAAAGGAAUUUUGGUUUAAUCGCGUCCUGGGGUUGUCGGAUGGCCUUCACGAUAUCAACUAUCUGAACUGGCGUCUGACACUUUGUUUUCUGGCAACUUGGGUCAUCGUAUGUCUCUGCCUCAUCAAAGGAGUAAAAUCAUUGGGAAAAGUUGUGUAUGUGACAGCCACUUUGCCCUACAUUCUACUUGCCGUCAUCCUCAUCAAAGGCCUGACACUCCCUGGCGCUCUGGAGGGUGUUAUAUUCUAUAUCAGGCCAGAUUUCCACAAACUCGCAAGUGUUCAGGUUUGGUUGGAGGCAGGUCUGCAGGUGUUCUACUCGCUCGGUCCGUGUUGGGGAUGUCUAUAUACAAUGUCGAGCUACAAUAAGUUUAAUAACAAUUGUUAUAAGGACACAAUCAUUCUAGUAAUUAUCAGUGAAUUCACAAGUAUUUUUGGGGGCUUUGCUAUAUUCACCAUCAUUGGAUAUAUGGCUCACACAACAGGGACGCCCAUCGAAAAAGUGGUACAGGGAGGUCCCGGUCUGGCCUACCUUGUUUAUCCUGAAGGUUUAUCCCAGCUGCCGUUCCCUAAUGUAUGGGCGUUUCUCUUCUUUGUAAUGUUGUUUACUGUUGGACUAGACACGGAGUUUGCCACCCUGGAGACUUGCUUGACGGCCAUCUGUGACAACUUCCCUCGUUUACGACGUUACAAGGCUUUAACCACUGUAUUGUCGUGCUGCGUUUUCUUUCUAGCUGGGCUCAUCAUGUGCAGUGAUGCAGGGCUGUACAUAUUUCAACUCUCAGACUGGUAUGCCACGGCAUUCGCCACUCCGCUCUUUGGUCUCCUCGAAGCUAUACUUUUCGGAUGGAUUUAUGGAGCAGAGAAUUUAUCACGUGACAUCGAACUGAUGUUGGGACGGAGAGUACCUGUAUAUAUGAGAAUACUAUGGUGUAUAGUCACCCCUGCUCUUCUCAUGAUAAUGCUAAUUUUCACCAUAUACCAGUACACACCACCCAGAGUUGGUGACUACGAAUACCCAGCAUAUGCCCGGGCGAUAGGAUGGUGCAUCGCCCUCUUUCCUCUUCUGCCACUUCCUAUUUGUGCGAUAAAGGCCAUUAUAGAGGCUAAGGGAUCAACAUUGUAUGAGAAAUUUGUUGCAUCUCUCAGACCAUCUGUGCAGUGGCAUCCUGUUUCUGCUUCGGAAUGUGAGAAGUAUGACGUAGAAAACAGACAAGUAAAGGGAUCUCUAAAAUCGAAGAUUCUCUUGAACCUUUUAGGGAAACGGUCAUAGUAUUAUGCUUUUAAUUAUUUCUCAUAUUUUGUUUGAUUAAAUUCAACAUUAUCCUAUAAAUAAAUACAGCUGUAAUAUGAUGAACUAUAGUAGAUGAUUACAGUAAACCCUAUUUUAAUGUCUAUACAACUAUAAUUAUAUCA